AUGGAGUGGCCAAGGAAAAACAACAGAGAGAAGAAGGAUGAUAAAGAGAAGAAGAUUGACAACCCUCGACUAGUUUACAAGUUCACCAAGAAAUGCGGCGCCGGCGGACAAGGCUAUUGUGAUUUCGCCGAAUGCGUCAAGACUGGGAGGAAGUUGGUGAUCAAAAAGACCGAUAUAUAUCAAAGGUAUAGAGGUGAUAAGCCGAUGGAGGUGCAUGUGUUGAAGGAUAUACUCAAGCCACACCCACAUAUCCUGGAACUCCUAGACUACGACUACGGACCAAAACACUACAGGAGCAUCUACCCCCGAUACGGCGGUGGCGAUUUAGAGCCUUGGAUACCACAGCCGGGUCAUCCGACUGCUUCAGAAGCAUUCAUGUGGCAUAUUUUCAGCGGCGUUGCUGAAGGCCUAGCGUACCUCCAUUAUGGGUACGACAAGCGAUCGACAAGUGUGCAUCCACAUUCAGGCUGGAAGCGAGUCGUACAUCAAGACAUCAAAGUAGACAACAUCUUCCUGCGGGACGCGAACCGAAGGGAUAAGAAUGGACGUUAUGUGUUUGGCCAAAUUGUGCUCGGGGAUUUCGGCCUCUCAACAACAGAAUGGAAUACCAAAGAAUGUGCUCUGGCUCAGUGCGCGGCGCCGGAAGUAGGCUGUCCAGAGGAAAACAGAAUGUGUACAGCAAAGAAUGAUGUGUGGUGUCUCGGCACCAUCAUUCACCGGCUAGCGACUGGAUGCUAUCCUCUCAAGCCGAAACCCAGAGGCUACAAAGACAUGCGUGCAUGGGGAAUGGUGCCUGAUUCGAGGGAUCCGCAAAGACUUGAUCGGAAGUUCUACUCGUCUGAAUUGAAUAGUGUGAUGCACGAGUGCUUUGAAUGGGACCUACAUAAGCGGAUCAACAGCCAAGACCUAUACCAUUUAAUUCAGCACCGAGCUCGCCGUCUCUCUCAAAACAUCCGACGUACUUCAGCUUUGUCGACAGCAGAAUGGCAGAAAAGAGCGACCCUUUUGCCGCCCUCGAUGGCCGCAAAGCCACCACCACCGUCACAGAAACCGCCUCCUCCCUCCGCGAUGCCGACGAAGCCCUCGAAUUCCUGGAGAAUCAUCCACGUAAAGUCGAGGCAAGUGGCCUUCUUCACACAAACUUUUCCUCAACGCGAACCACUGACCCCAACCCCAACCCUACAGCUCGCAGCCGAAGCGCAAGCAAUCCUCUCAGACCCGACAUCAUUGAAGAAACUCGUGCGCAAAAUCGACCUCACAAUCGCCCCCCUCCUCGCCGCCGUCUACUUCCUCCAAUUCCUCGACAAGACCACACUCUCCUACACCGCCGUGAUGGGCAUCCGCAAAGACACCCACCUCGUCGGCCAAGAAUACUCCGACCUCAGCAUGCUCUUCUACAUCGGCUUCCUCGCCGCCGAGUUCCCCACGCAGUACCUCGCGCAACGCAUCUCGCACCUCGGGCGCUACCUGGGCGUCAACAUUGUAAUUUGGGGCUUUAUCUUGGGCUGUCAUGCCGCUUGUACGAGUUUUGCCGGCUUGAGUAUCUGUAGGACGCUGUUGGGCGUGUUUGAGAGCUGCGUCGCGCCGAUAUUGGUGCUGAUUAUUGCGAUGUGGUAUAAAAAGAACGAGCAGGGAAGACGGGUGAGCUGGUUUUAUGUGUGUAAUUCGCUGACGAUGAUAUUUGGGGGCGCCGUGGCGUAUGGGGUGAGUUUCACGCACAACAAGUUCGCGAGCUGGCGGAUCUUUUAUAUCGCGAUCGGCGCGUUGACGAUGUGUGUGGGUGUGCUUGUGGCGGUGCUUCUGCCGGAUUCGCCAGUGAAGGCGCGCCGGUUUAGUGAUGCGGAGAAAGUGGCCGCGUUGUUGAGGGUGAAGGGGAAUCAGUCCGGGACGCAGAAUGCGAGGGUGAAGAAGGAUCAGGUGAUGGAGAGUUUCAAGGAUGUGAGGGUUUGGUUAGUUAUGUUGGCGACGAUGCUGAGCUCGAUUCCGAAUGGGGGGAUUAGUAAUUUUAAUAACAUUCUGUUGACGACGUUUGGGUAUUCGAGCCAGCAGGCGCUGAUACUGAAUACGCCCAGUGGGGCUGUGGGCGCUGUUUGUGUGCUUCUGGUGGGGUGGCUGUCGGAUCGGUGGGGGGAUAGGAGCGUGGUCAUGAUGGUGGCGAUACUACCGACGAUUCUUGGGGCGGCGUUGAUGAUUGGGUUGGAUCCUGGGGGCGUGCCGAAGAACAAGGCAGGGCUUUUGGCGGCGAGCUUCUUGACAGGUACGUUUGGAGCAGCGUUCAUGCUGUUGUUGGCUUGGAAUGCGUCAAAUAUCGCCGGCCAUUCGAAGAAGGUCACCGCUAAUGCGUUGACUCUGGUUGCGUUCUGCGUGGGGAAUAUUCUGGGGACGCAGACUUUUCAGGAUAAGGAGGCGCCAGGGUAUAAGAGUGGGAAGGUUAGUAUUGUUGCUACGUUGUCGGUGCUGUGUGUGGUUGUGGUGGUGAUGAGGCUGUACAACGAUCAUCUGAAUCGGAAGAAUCAUAAAAUCCUGGGUGACAUGAACGAGACGGAGAGAGAAGCGCUGAGGGAGAAGAUGGCGUUCGCAGAUCAGACGGACCGUCAUAACCCGUUCUUUGUCUACACGCAUUGA